GCAUGGCUUGUCUAGUGCGCCGGUGUUAGGCAGAGAAAAGUGCAUCGCGGAGCAAUUGGAAGAGAUGUGGUAAGAAUUGUCAUCAUCAACGCCAUCUUUGUUACAAACCUCAUCCUCAUUGUUCAUUCUCUGUCACCUCCUGCUGUGUUUCGGGCCACCCGGCUGCUAGUUUCUUACUGAGAUUGAAGUGAUUGAGCCAUUUGUGUCUUUCACUUCACUUGAUCUGAAAAGACACGAGAAAUGUCAUGCUUCAAUCCCAAUGUAGUUUCUGCCAAAGUGCAUGUAAGCCGACUGCGGCCGCUAAGCGGCUCAAACUGGUCAAAUGACUGUGUGACAUGCUUCGCGGGAGUGUUUGCCUGGUGCUUGGAGCCCUCACGUUCCUCCGGGUAGAGGGCACUGCGCAGGGCGCACUCAAGCUGGAUAACUACACCUUCAGCAAGGUGACCAACCUCCCUGGUUGGAGCUUUCUAGUUAAGUUUGACCAGUCCUAUGCUUAUGGGGAGAAAGAGGAUGAAUUCAAGCUCCUUUGCAAACAUGCUCACCAAGUGCCGAAUUUCAUGAUCGCCGAGGUUCCAGUGCAGGAGUAUGGUGACAAAGAGAACGACGAUCUCCGCGGCCAGUUUAAGCUGACCAAAGAAGACUUUCCAGCUUACUUCCUCAUCAAUGAGGCAUAUCCAUCUGGAAACCGCUAUUCAGGGGCAAUCAAAGCCGAUUUGUUGGUGAAUUGGCUUCGAAGGCAAGAGAUUAAAGUUCCAUCUCUUGGAACGAUCAACGAGUUGGAUGUUUUGGCAGCGAAGUUCAUGAAGGACGGAUUUUCCGAUGAAGCACUGGCAGAAGCCAAAAGCGUCGCAGAUCAGCUGUCAGAUAAGAAGGCUGGCAUCUACAUCAAAAUCAUGCAGAAGAUAAGGGAAAAGGGAGAGGGCUACGUGGCUGCAGAGCUUGCGCGUGUUGCCAAGAUCUCUGUCUCCCUGGCCUCUGAAAAGAAGGCCGAAUUAGAGGAAAAACUGAAGAUUUUGGGCAUCUUCCACGAGGCAAACACCAAGGAGGAACUUUGAGAUUCAGACGGUGGAGGAAGCCAUGAGAGAUUCGGCGAAUUGGCAACCAGCAUGUUGGCCUUUCAGUGAGACGAGGGCGUCAAGCUCCAAGGGAGAUCCACCUGGAGACGGAGAGUGCCGAGAGGUCAGUCAGUUCGAUCGGUUUGGUCCAUUGGAUCCCAAACCGAGAGACACAUCCGACAGCCAGCACUUCCCAAAAAGUGGG